AUGAACGCGCGUGUCCGGACUAUUUCUCUUAACUCAAAGUUGCAGGGACCAUUAUCUAGGGCUUUUCAAGGAGUGCUCUCUGUAACAUUCACUACCUCACCUCACCUCCUAUCGGCGACCUCAGCUCAUCUCUUUCCAUCGGUGACCUCGACUCAUUUCUUUCCACCAGCGACCUCGGGUUCACCUCACCUUAUCGAAGACUGCAACGACUGCUCAACUUUACAAGCCCUAGGUACGAUUAAGGUAUGUUUUGGUUUACAAGCCCUACUUUAUCUUUAUCUCGACACUUCUCAACAACAGUCGUCGACUUACUCCGCCGACCGUUGUUCUCCACAUCACCAACUUCUUGCCUUCCCAUGGUCCGUCAAUCAGAUCCAAUUCGCCAGAGCCGAUACAAGUGAGAGACCUAGCAAGAAGCACAAGUCAUCAGCCAAGGAGGACUAUAAAGCUGCAGCUUUUGAAGAGGAGGAUGCAUAUUAUGUUGAAGAAUUUGGUGAGAAUGAUCCUGAUGAUGGCCGGAUCAUUCUAGAAACCUUCUCUUCAUUGUAUAAACAAGCUUAUGAUUUUCUAAUUGCAAUUGCAGAACCUGUCUACAGGCCAGAUUCGAUGCAUGAGUACAACCUGCCUCCACACUUACUUUAUGCAGCUGUGUCAGUGGGUCUAGAAACUGAAACCAUAAUACCUGUGUUGAACAAGCUUUCAAAGAUCAAGCUCCCUAAAGAGAUGAUCGAUUUCAUUCAUGCUUCAACAUCCAAUUAUGGAAAAGUAUUGAAGAGAUUAUUAAGCGAUAAAUUCAUAUCUCGAGCGAGGAUUUCAAAUAAGGGUGACGAUGGGUUUGCUGUUAGUAGAUCAGUAGGUGAAGUUGAAGGUAGACAUGAGGAACUGCUAACAGAAGCACAGUUGGCAUUUGAAAUUGACCCCGCUCAGAUAAAUCCGGAUGUUGAGAUGGAAUUAAAGCCUCAAGCACAACCACGACCUUAUCAAGAGAAGAGUCUUAGUAAGAUGUUUAGAAAUGCUACACUUGUUAGAGAGGAUGAAAGGAUUACAGAUUUGAAUUUUCUUAUUGGGCCGAAGUUAUACGAAGCAAAUUGGUUGGAUUUGGUUAAAGGAGGAUUCAUUGCAAAUGUGCAAUGUGCUGAAGUGUGGUGUCUAAUGACAAAAGAGUUUUUUGCUGAAUAUCUAAAAAAGGAAAAUUCCAAGAAGAAACAGGUGCUGGUGGACUCUUUGAAGUUAAGGAACACCAUUGAUGUUGUUAACACAGCUAGAGUGUCCCCCACGAUUACAACAAAAACAAACCUCAGGAAGUUCGAUGUCCAUAACCCUUGGUCUUUCUUGCUCUUCUACUGUAAACUAGGAAUUCUUGGGGCUUAA